UUUGUUCAAAAUCAAAACAUAAACUGGCAUUCCCGGACACUCCGACUCCCGAGAUGGUUCCGCAGAAAGCGCAGUAUUCUCCCACAUCAUGAACAUUUCUAGAGGAUCCGGUAAGAGGAGGAGAGAUCAAAUGGGCAUUCCUAGAAGAGCUCUGCUUCUCGGGUUAGCCACUGUUAUGGUAUUGGGUAUUAUUGUUUACUUUAGAUUAUGGAUCAUUGAUUACCAGACUUCUGCUGGUGAUACGGACUUGCUUAGGAGACAAUUUGAUCUUGCCCAUAGAGAAGCAAUGGACGAGUCGGCGGAGUGGAGGUCUAGGUUUGAUGAAGAAAGGGCUAGAGUCUCUCAAUGUAUGAAGGAGCUCACUGAGGUAAAGGAAUCCCAUAGUAAAUUGGAAAAGGACACGCCGAGUGUUGAUGAAAGAGUUGAAACGCUACAAAAGGAGAACAUAUAUUUGCUUAAGCGGUUAGAAUCCAUGAAGCAAGAGCUUGAAAUCGAGAAGUUGAAGUGCAAGUCCGAGUAAAUUAAGUUCAUUCGAAAAUCUCUCCGUUGGAUAUGCAUAUAUAGAACCUUAGAAGAUCUAUAAGUCGAAAACUUCAGCUGCUGAAUUUCCGUUAUGUGAUAAAAUCGUUCACUUCACUAGGAGUGGCUUUUUAUCCAGAUAACGUCUUUGCCAUAUAGCGUAUGUGACAACUAAUGGCAGGGGUGUUUUCACGGGGAUGGGUGUUAUGAUCAUCGGGCUGAUUUUAAGUCAAGUUUGUAGUUUCUUGGAUGUAAUAGCGCAAGUUGGCUAUAACAAUUGAUGAAAAUUUCUAUUUAACAUCUAUUGAUAGUCAUACAGGUACAUACUAUUGACUGAAAUUAAGUGUUAGGAUUUAUAAUGCCAUUAGCCCUUUCUUAUAUUUUAUGGGUCCUAGGUAAACUGAAAAAAAUAAGCUUCUUUAUAGAGGGUCGAUUCUGAACUUUAACGUGUAUUUAGAAAAAUAAAAUUAUCAUUUUAAGUAGGAAAAAUUACCUAGAAUAAUCCAAAAUAUUCAUGAUUUUCCUAAAAUUAUCUCAGCUAUUGAUUAACUAUGAAUAAUCCCAACUUUGAGAGGUAUUUUC